AUGAGUUCCACUGAAAAGAAAGUGCUCUCUGAGUUAGAUCUGUUUAUCACCUAUUUCCACUGGCUGGUCAUUGAUAAAAAAUUUGGAAUCGAUACAUGUCUGGAUGAAAAAUGUGAUAAGGUCACUUAUGGACAGAUUAAGAAAGAGGUAUUUGAUACAUUUAAAGAAUUCGCAUCAGCCAGAGCAAUAUUUUUAAAAUGGUGCUAUCUCAAAGGAAAACUAGAGAAGUAAUAGAAUGAUUUGAAAGAGGUUCCUAAAUCAGCAAACCAGGAAAGAUUAAAACUUGUGUUGGAAAAGGAUCGAUUGAUUGAAAGUUUACAAAGCAAGAUUUAAUUAAUGGAGUAGUUCUGCGAGAAAGUCUCAGAAAAAUUAGGCAUUCUGUAUAAUCCUCUCAACUAGAAGGAGAAAAUAGAAGAGAAGUAAUCAGUGACCAAGAAUUAAAAACAAGAUAAAGAAGAGAAUUUAAAGGAAUCUAAGAUUAAAAAUAAAGAUAACGAGUAGCAAUUGAUAUCCUUGGAUAAAAAGAAGUCUAACAAUCAAACUCAGUAGAUUUAAUAGUCAAAAUAGAAAGACUAAGGCAAGAUUUAGGCUGAUGAUAACUAGAAAUCUAUAGAAACCCCAAAACCUUAAAAUGAUAAAACGGCAAAAUCUAAAUCUGGCUAGAAAAAACUGCAUAUCUCAGUGUAAAAGGACAAAAUAAGUGAAAUAAACAAGCCAACUUAUAGCCAAAUGAGCAGCAAAAGUUAGUCUUAAGCUAGCAACUCAAAUUAAGACUAGGAAGAAAGUGAUGAAUCAGAUUCUGAUAGCAAUGAAGAAGAAGAUGAUGAUGAAAGUGUUAGAUCUGUCAAGAAAGAUAAAAACAAGCCCACAAAAAAGAGAGAUGAGAAACUUUAAACUAAGAAGGAUAAAAGUGCAGCUGCCGUUGCCAAAAAAUAGCCAAAUAAGAAUAAAAAAGCACUUGAAUAAGCAAAGCUACCCGCAAUGAUGAAGUCUUAAGCGACCCAAAAAAAUAAUAAGAUCUCUGCCUAAAGUUUUGGCGAGGACAUCUUCGGAGAGACCUAUGCCGGCCGUCAAGCACAUGCUGAUGAAAACAAUAAGACCCUAUUGUUCACUAUGCUAAGAGACUACAUCAAGUGGCACGAAACACACCACAGAUUCUACCCUGGGUAUGAACAAGACAAGCAAAAACUCAUGCUUAAAUCAAAUCUCAGCUAUGGGUAUGGUUUCGCUGGUUUCUGCUUCGGAGGCAUGGUCAUCAACCCUAACUUUACUAGCAAGAGCAGUUUCUACUUGAGAAAGAUUAAUGUAGUGCUAUGGUCAGUGAUGUUCUAUGCCUACGGAAGAAAGAGAACUGAGCAGCAUUUGUUAAAUAUGAUGUUGAAGAUGAACGACUACUUCCCAUUAGAAGUAAAAAGAGCCCUAGCAGAUAAAGACUACAGACACAUGGCUCUCUUUGACUGGGAAAACCCAGGCAGAGAGCUCUUCGAUGUUUCCACUGGAAAAUCACUCUCUUGA